AUGGAAAGGACGUCUUUAAUCGUCUUUACGUCUACCCAUCAUGGUACUCCGCAUUUCCUUCUCACAGUAGACCUGCCGAUGCUGCGUGCACUUUGGAUCACGACUGCAGUUGGGGCAUUGGAGACUGGGAAGCAGUUCCCUCGCCAUGAUGUACUGGCUGAGUACCACUCGAUGCUGUCGCUGAUGGUUUUUCCUACAAGCACCGGGCAGGCAGCAGAAUUAGACACUGCCUUCCAAGCUGUGGCGGGUGCAGAGGACGAGUUCCACAUCCACGGUGCCAACGUGUCUUUCUGGGGUGAGCCUGUGGCCUUGGAGUAUGCGCAUUAUGGCGGCAAGCUGGGUGCAGCCGAUGCUGGGAUCUCCUCCACUGGCUUAGCUGCUGCCCUCAUUAGUGUGACGGAUAAUUUCACGGUGGAAAAGGUUUGGGAACACGCCCCAGUGCGAAACUUUGCAAAACAGACCUUGGACUUCAUCCUCAAGACUUACCACAGCGAGGAGAAGGAGCAGGACGAGCUUUGA